AUGUGCCUGUGCUGUACGGAGGACGAAGCCAUCCAAGUCAGCGCCGAAGGGCCAAGAUGGCAACAUCCUUCAGACGUCACUGAAAGGCAGUCCAGAGAUAAACGUAUUGAGAAUAUGAAAAACCUAAGGAAAGAGAAAAGGAAAUUUAAUAAACGGUUUGCAAGACCUGCUCCUCUUCCAGAACCAGGACUCCUGGUAAGAAAUGAGCUUGACAAAGUGGUCAUUGAGAGCAACGCCAGCCCCAGCAUCAAAGAUGGAAGAGUGAGUGUCACUGUUAAAGUUGCAGGACACAACCUGGUCAGUGUAGCCCAGAGUGCCAUUGAGGGGGCCCUCUAA